AUGCUGGAAAACCGCCCUUUGCCCAUUCUGAAUCAGGAGUCAUCUAUGGAAUUAGCCCUGGAUCUCCUGCUCCAUCAGAGGCUUCUGAUCUCAUCUUCCACUCCUGCUCCCUCCUUUAACAAGGAGCACGGGGCGGGCACCAGCGCGCUGCCUCUCCACAAAUCCCCCCGGGAGACGCGCUCCGAGGGCGCCGCCGGCUCCCGGCGCUCCGCAUCCCGGGAGCGGGCGGGCAAGCCCGGCUUGUGGAGGUUACAGCGUUAAGAAAGGCACACGCUUACCCACCCUAUGAACAAACAGAAAAGCCUGCACCUCUUGUGGACACCGACCUUGCAUGUCUGGCAGAAGCGUCCAGCUGCACUCAGUGGAGCAGCCUGGCCCAGGUGUGUGCCUGGCCGUGACUGUGGCUGUGUUGCAGGAGCCCAGGGGAGUGUUGGGAUGCUCACCAGAACCCCGAGUGUUGUUGCCCAAGUGUUCCUUCUUCUAAGCAUAGUCCUUGUUAUUGCCAUUGCAGUGAUUCAGAUAAAUCAGCAGCAGAUCCUCUCCCCAGGGCUUAAGUAUGGAAUAGUCCUUGAUGCUGGAUCCUCUCGGACUACAGUCUAUGUCUAUGAGUGGCCGGCAGAAAAAGAAAACAACACAGGAGUAGUGAGCCAAACCUUCAAGUGCAAUGUGAAAGGCCCUGGUAUAUCCAGCUAUGGGAGUAGCCCUGGAGCUCUUGCCAAGCCUCUUGAUGACUGUCUGAAUAAAGUGAAGGAGAGAAUACCAGUUCAUCUGCAUAAAAACACUUCUGUUUAUCUGGGGGCUACAGCUGGCAUGAGACUGCUGAGGUUGCAAAAUGAAUCGGCAGCCAAUGAAGUCCUUGCAAGCAUUCAAAGCUACUUCAGAGCUCAACCUUUUGAAUUUAGGGGUGCGCAGAUCAUAACUGGGCCAGAGGAAGGGGUGUAUGGAUGGAUAACGGCCAACUAUUUAAUGGGCAAUUUCUUAGAGAGAAACCUUUGGAGGACAUGGGUCCAUCCUUACAGAAAAGACACCAUGGGUGCACUGGACCUUGGAGGAGCUUCCACUCAAAUUUCAUUUAUCCCCAAGGACCCCGAGGAGCAUCUCAACAGCACCUUGCAAGUGAAGUUGUAUGGUUACAACUACAAUGUCUACACUCACAGCUACCAGUGCUAUGGGAGAGAUGAAGCUGAGAAAAGGCUUUUAGCAUUGCUGCUCCAGAAAUCAAAGACCAGUGCCAAUGUGGAUAAUCCCUGUUACCCUCAAAACUAUAACACAGCAUUAACCAUGAAGGACUUCUUUGGCAGCCUUUGUACACAGUCUCUGAGACCAGCAAAUUACUACCCAAACCAGCCUGUGAAUUUCCAUGGAACAGGAGACCCAGGUCUGUGCCAGGAGAUGGUUUCUUUAUUGUUUAACCUCACUGCUUGCAGAGACAGAGAGGACUGUCCAUUUAAUGGAAUACAUCAGCCAAAAGUUAAAGGGAAUUUUGUGGCUUUCUCUGGAUUCUACUAUACAAUUCAUGCUUUGAAUUUAUCUGGGCAAUUUUCCCUAGAUGACUUCAAUUCAAGUAUGUGGUUUUUCUGUUCACAGAGCUGGGCACAGCUCCAGUUUAUGCUGCCUAAAUUUGAAGAAAUAUAUGCUAGAUCCUACUGUUUCUCAGCCAAUUUCAUUUAUUACUUGCUUGUACAUGGUUACAACUUCAAUGCAGAAACUUGGCCACAGAUACAUUUUCAAAAGGAGGUUGGUAACAGCAGCAUAGGGUGGUCACUCGGUUACAUGUUAAGCCUCACCAACAUGAUUCCAGCAGAAGGGAAGCUGAUCCAGCUACCUCUAAAACCUUCUCUCUUUGCUGGGCUCCUUGUCUUCCUCACAGCCACGGCACUGCUGUGCCUCCUCUUCCUCGUCUACUUGUGCGUUGUGUCGCAUCAGCAGAAGAACGUCCCUCGCGUGGAACACGUGUUUAUUCCAGAAUGAAUGAACUUGGCUGGAGACAAACCAAAAAUGUUACAGUGCUACUAAACAGAACUUUAUUUUGCCCCCCAUUUUUCAAAAAUAAAGACAGAAAAAAUGACUUCUGGACCAGAAGCAUAAAUAGAGAAGGGGCACAAAGGAAUCUGUGAUACGGUGAAUUGGAGUGGUUUUGAAAUAUUUUGGUAAUUGUUUCUGUAAACUUAAUUUGUCCAGUGUGCAGCAGAGAA